GUCCAAAGAAGAAAAACAAAAGAGCUUCCUUUUCCGGCGUCGCCGUGAGUUUCUUCCCGUCUCCCCGACCACCAUUUCCCCCCUUCCAUCAUCAUCUGCUCCUCCCCCCACCCUUCAGAUCGCCGUGCGUGACUCAGCAACUGCCGUCAUGGAGCCUGCUUUCGUUGUUCUCCUUGCUGCCGCUUCCGCUUUCUAAUCCCCCGCCCCGCGAGACACCCGUGAUCCAUCCAUCCCCCAAUCAAUCAACCACCGCCAACCGCCGCCGGCCCCGGCUGGGAUCGAUGCCUCCCACGCCGCCGCCGGAGGCCGAGACGGAGCCGGAGUUCGCCGAGGUCGACCCCACCGGCCGCUACGGACGGUACACGGAGGUUCUCGGCAAGGGCGCGUUCAAGACGGUUUACAAGGCUUUUGAUCAACUGGAAGGUCUAGAAGUUGCUUGGAACCAGAUCAAAGUGGGUGAUAUACUGCGUAACAAUGAUGAUUUAGAGAGGCUGCGAUCGGAAGUGCGGUUGCUUAAGACCCUGAAGCACAAGAAUGUAAUCAAGUUCUACAAUUCAUGGCUUGACAAGAAAAACAACAACAUAAAUUUCAUCACAGAAGUCUUCACCUCAGGAACAUUGCGCCAGUACCGUAUCAAGCACAAGAAGGUAGACAUCAGAGCUCUAAAGAAAUGGUCAAGGCAAAUCUUGAGUGGUCUGGUCUACCUCCACAGCCAUGACCCACCAAUCAUCCACAGAGACUUGAAAUGCGACAACAUAUUUGUGAAUGGAAACCAGGGUGAAGUAAAGAUCGGAGACCUUGGAUUAGCUACCAUCCUAGACAAUGCACGUUCAGCUCAUAGUAUCAUUGGUACACCGGAAUUUAUGGCUCCAGAACUAUAUGAUGAAGAAUACAAUGAGCUUGUUGACAUCUAUGCAUUUGGGAUGUGUUUACUGGAGCUAGUUACAUUUGAGUACCCAUAUUGUGAAUGUUCCAACGCUGCACAGAUAUACAAGAAAGUUUCUGAUGGUGAAAAGCCUGGUUCACUGGCUAAGAUUGAGGAUCCUGAAGUUAAAUUUUUUAUUGAGAAGUGCAUCACCCAAGCUUCCCAAAGACUCUCAGCAGAAGAACUAUUAGUGGAUCCUUUUCUCCUAGAUGAUGGCGAAAGAAUAUUCUAUCCAUUGCAGUCAAAUACGAAUACAUCAGCAGAUGCUGGCAGUUCAAACCCAAGCACGAGUUACAGAUACGAUCGAGUAGCAUCAUCUACCGGCUCCAGGGAACGAAGAGGUAGCGUGGGGGAAUCUCAUCCUAGUGAUAACUACAUACAUGGCAACAUGGAUAGGCAUGCUGCCAUUGGUCGAAUCAUAACUGUCGAGAGCCAGCGGAAGGAUCUAAAUACAAUAUUUUUGAAACUGCGGAUUGCUGAUUCAACAGGUCAUGCCCAAAACAUCCACUUCCCCUUUGACAUUGAAGCGGACACUUCAAUUAGCGUUGCAACUGAGAUGGUUGUGCAGCUGGAUCUCACGGAUCAAGAUGUUACUUCAAUUGCUGAAAUGAUAGAUGCAGAAAUACAUGCACAUAUUCCUGAUUGGGCGUUUGAUGAAGCAGUUGACAACCAAGGAGAUGAAGUAGCUCGGUCGGAGACCCAUAGUUCAGAAGCAGACGAUGAGACUUCUGAGUUGCGUAACGAACCUGAUGCUACAAAUAAUGGUUUUACCCAAGAGCAGCUUCCUUCUGGACGGAAGUACUGGUCAGACUCGCCCAGAAGAGACAAUGAAAUCUCUCUCUUGGUGGACCCACAGAUUGGUGAUGAUAUGCCUAAUGGGAUAUUAAAGAAGAAUGAUAUAGCUGACACUGUCAGCAAUGCAAAACCUAACGAGUAUAAUUCCCUCGAGACUUCCAUCCGCUCUGUCGAAGAUACCUGUGAGCAAAUAUCUUCAUCUGCAGACUUGCUGAAUCCAUCUUUGAUUGACAGGAAAUCUGGAGGAGCUUCUGUCGUCACUAGCUCUCCCUCUUCUGAUGAUGAACAUCUCGUAGAGGACCUUACUGAAAGGUUAGCAGACUUGUUAGCUCAACAGAAAGAGGAGCUCAAGGCGCUGAGAAGGAAGCAUAAGGCUGACAUAGAGGCCAUCUUGAACAGCGUGCCUGCAGACCAUCGUGAGGAGACCUUAACAAGGUGCCGGUUGAAGGGAGAUCAGGAAAACAGACCAGACAAACUUUAGUUACGACACCUUCAUGUACAUCUUUGCUGCGUGUUUUUACAUACCGGCACCAAGGAAGUCGUUUAGAAUUGUCAUUGUGUGAAAAAUGGUCUCAGUAUUUCUGCUGUUCUUUUUUUUAUGGAAUGGAGAAGCUGCAAGGUGCUUGUGGAUUCACUGGCAGAGCACUGCAUACCAAAGUAAUUGUCCAUAAGAAGGUUGCUUGUGCGAAAAUUUGAUACUCCCAAGCCAGUUUGCUUGGAGGUUUUCUGCUCAGCAAGCACAUAUCUGCAGAUACAAGAAUGGUACUGCAUGCCAAAGAAAUUGUCCAUAAGAAGUGCAUGUUUUAUUUCCAUUUUUCCUUUUCUUUUUGUAUUGUCAACUUCUUAGGUACAUGAGUUAUGUGAGCUGUUGCAUACUUGCAAUCACAAACAUAAUGUUCAAUUCAAUUAUUCCCAUCAUGUUUGAGUCACAUCA